GCUGUUACUAUGCACAUACGGUGUCACAAUAUCAAAUCUGCAUCCUGUUUAAUACAACAUUGACCGAGACCAAUCUUUUAUCAACACAGCGUGGAAGCUGCAUGGCUGAGCUAAAGCACGUUUCACUGUAAAACACUGAUAAGUGUGGUGCUGGAGACAUAUUUCUGCCAUUGAUACAUUAAUCCCUCUAUAUAUCUGGAUGAUUCAGUUCAAGUUGAUAUGGAUGCCAUAUGACGUGUUUGGAUUCAGCUUAGUCAGCUUGCAUGGGUAUAUGAUCGGAGCCUCCAACCGCAAGGUAUUCAGGCAUGCACAUUACUAAAAACGGGCUGAUUGGUCACAGCAUAGCUUGAAGUCAGCCAUCAUGAAUAGGGAACUAAACGUGGAUUCUAUCAUUGAACAGCUGCUCUCUGUCAGAGACUCUCCAGGGAAACAGGUUCAACUUCCUGAAACCCAAAUUCGCCAAUUAUGCCAACUGUCCCGAGGAAUAUUCCUGGAACAGCCCAUGCUGCUGGAACUGGAUUCACCUGUCAAUAUAUGUGGAGAUAUACAUGGCCAAUAUGAGGACCUGCUGCGACACUUUGACAAAUGUGGAUUUCCCCCAGAUGCAAAUUAUCUUUUCCUUGGUGAUUAUGUAGACAGAGGUAAAAGAUCCCUUGAGACUAUAUGUUUGGUACUAGCAUAUAAGAUCAAAUACCCAAACAACUUCUUUUUGCUACGAGGGAACCAUGAAUGUGCAUCAAUCAAUCGAAUAUAUGGUUUUUAUGAUGAAUGCAAGAGAAGAUACAACAUUAAAUUAUGGAAAACUUUCACAGAUUGCUUCAACUGUUUACCUAUAGCUGCUGUUGUGGAGAGCACUAUAUUCUGUAUGCAUGGAGGAUUAUCUCCUGAUCUCUCUGAUCUACAACAGAUCAAGGAUAUUGAGCGUCCUAUUGAUGUCCCAGAUCAUGGUCUGGUUUGUGAUCUGCUGUGGUCAGACCCUGAUGAGGACAUCACUGGCUGGGGAGAGAAUGAUAGAGGUGUGUCGUACACAUUUGGAGGGGAUGUUGUCAAGGACUUUCUGAAAAAGUUUGACUGCAGUCUCAUUGUCAGGGCUCACCAGGUUGUCGAGGAUGGGUAUCAGUUCUUCCAAAAGAGAAAGCUUGUGACACUGUUCAGUGCUCCCAACUACUGUGGAGAGUUUGACAAUGCAGCUGGUGUCAUGAUAGUGUCAGAAGAUCUCACAUGUGCUUUCAAAAUACUUCCUCCAGAACGAGGUAAAGUGAUAGCAGUGCACACAAAAAACAGCAAGAAAUAGCACAGUAGUAUCAAACAGCACUGAGUUCAGUCCUGGAGAGUCCAGUCCAAGUUGAUUUCCAGAAUGCCACACUCUGGACAGAAAUGCGUCUUCUCAAGAACAAGGUUGUAUUUUGUUCGAAUCUGAUGCUACCACCAGACAACCGUUUCCCUGCUCCAGGAUGAACAACUAGUGAAGUGGACAUUGUGACAAUGUACUGAAAGCAUAUACAAAACUACGCAUUUUAUGUAUAUUACUUCUGCCAAAAUCUCAUGCACUAACCCAAGUGCUAAAACAUCAAAUAUUGAGGAAUUUUACUAAUUUUAUAAUGAGUAUGUUUGUAAGCUUCUCUCUAACACCCCCUACACCAUCUUUU